AUGAACGUCUUGCGCGCUCAGAUGGACUCCCGCCUCGCCUUGCGCUUAGCCUUCUCCUGCGCAAAGAAGUUCUGCUCGUCGAUGACGUCUUGUGGGAAUGCGUCGCGCCACGUCUUCAUGAUGGCCGAUAGAACAUGGAUUACUAAAGGAGUGCGAAGGCUUUCCGAUGAACACCUCAAGGGAGUGGAAGAGUUCAUGCUACAUGUUCGCACAGUUUUUGCCGAGGGUGUUCACAUCUUUUGCCCAUGCAAGCACUGUAUGAACAGGAAACAACUACCUCAAGGAAGAGUUGAAGAUCAUUUGCUCCUUAAUGGGAUGGGCAGCACAUAUGAUAGAUGGAUCCAUCAUGGAGAACCUUUACAUGUUGUACCUGAACAUGCUGAACCUGAACAUGCUGAACCUGAUGCACAAGGACACCAUGGUGAUGAUGCUAGCUUUGAUUUUAUCGAAGAUGUUCUGCAAGAUGGUUUGGAGAAAGAGGAUGGGUUUGAAGAUGAUAGAAUUCCUGACCUGUUGAGGGAUCUGUACAUGUCUGAAGACCUUGAGGAUGGGCAUAGGUCAUUGUUUGCCGAUGUGAUAGAAGAGGCGAUGCGAGCAGCUGUUGAAGGGGGUAAAUUUUCAAGAUUUACCUUCACUGUGAAUUUACUCCACGUCAAGUCUUUCUAUCGGAUCAGCAAUGUUGCAUUCAAUGCAAUACUCCAUAUUUUGAACUUGCAGUUCCCUAAUAGCUCGGUUCCCAGGUCUUAUGAUGAUGCAUUGAGCAUAAUCCGCAAACUGGGUCUGGGUUAUGUUUCGAUCCAUGUCUGCCCGAAUAAAUGUUUCUUGUUUCGGAAGGACUAUGCCAAGCUUGAAAAUUGCCCUAAAUGCAAUGUCUCGAGGUGGAUAGAUGCAGAUGGGAAGAAGCGGAUACCGGCGAAGGUUUUGAGGCACUUUCCAUUGACUCCAAGGUUGAAAAGGAUGUUCAUUUCAGAGAAAGGAUCGGAGGAGGUGCAGUGGCACAAGAUCAAGCGCCAACCUGUGGAUAAUGAGCUCAGCCAUCCAGCUGAUGGAGAUGCAUGGAAGGACUUCGACGAUACAUAUAAAGACUUUGUCGCUGAUGCAAGGAACAUAAGGCUCAGGAUUGCCACGGAUGGUUUUAACCCAUUUGGAAACAUGAGUAACUCCUACAGUAUGUGGCCAGUUUUUGUGGUGCCCUACAACCUUCCUCUGUGGGCAUGUAUGGACCAGUCAAACUUUAUGAUGACGUUGCUGAUUCCAGGUCCAGAGUCUCCAGGAAAAGACUUCGACGUCUUUAUGGAGCCCCUCGUAGAAGAACUGUAG